AUGACUAGAUUUACCAAGUUACUAUCGCUUGCCUCUAUUACUUCCAUAGUAGGUAUUUCAUACUAUUCUUACUUUAUCAAUUCAAACGGUUAUUACUACACUCAUUCGCAAUGGAAGAAGGUUAACGAUAACGUCAAAAGUAUACUAGAUAAGAAUAGACAGAUCCCUCCUUUUCAGGACAAGUUGGAAAUGCUACAGAAUCAGGAGGCUAGAAACGUUCUGGUGAGACCGAGGAUCGAAAUAAUGAAGGAUAUUUGGAAUAAAUCUGUAAGAAACUCGGUAGAAUGGAUAUUUUCUUUAGGUGGCUAG